AUGGGUUGUCUGAGGCCUAAAAGAUCCAAAACCACUUCUAACAAGAAAACUACCACACCUGAAGCUGAUUUCCUAUCACAACAACAAAACCCAUCAGGACCCAAAAAUCUCAAACAUGAACUUCUUUUGCAAAUCCCAGCAUGCACAGUUCACCUGAUGGAAGCAGGAGAAGCUCUGGAAAUUGCCAAGGGAGACUUCAGUCUUGUUAGAAUCCUUGACGAGAAUAUUUCUCUUGCCACCAUAGUUAAAAUUGGUGAUGAUCUUCAGUGGCCUUUGACAAAAGAUGAGCCAGUGGUUAAGCUUGAUGUGUUGCAUUAUUUGUUCUCUUUGCCAAUGAAAGAUGGCGACCCUUUGAGCUAUGGAGUCGCAUUCUUGGAUGAGUAUGGAAGCAGUUUGGGCUUGCUGGACUCUUUUCUUUGUGAGCUCUCAUGCUUUUCUGGGGCGGCAGCUUCUUCAGCUAGAAGUGCUAGAAAUGUUGACUGGAAAGAGUUUGCUCCAAAUGUUGAAUAUUAUAACAAUUUUUUGGCCAAGGCUAUUGCUGGAGGUACUGGUCAGAUUGUCAAGGGGAUCUUCAAAUGUAGCAAUUCUUACACUAACCAGGUCCACAAGGGAGGGGAAAUGAUUUUAUCCAGAGCUGCAGAGGAGAAAAAUGGUGCCAUGGCAACAGAAAUUAGCAGCAACAGAAGUGCUGGGUCCACGAAGAAGAGCAAAGUCAACAAAAGCAUAAAACGUGUGAGAAAGCUGUCCAGGAUGACAGAAAAGCUAAGCAAAACUAUGCUUGAUGGUGUUGGCAUUGCCACCGGGUCAGUAAUUACACCUCUGGUUAAAUCUCAAGCUGGAAAGGCAUUCCUAUCUAUGGUCCCAGGAGAAGUACUCUUGGCUUCACUUGAUGCUGUCAAUAAGAUUCUAGAUGCAGCUGAAGUUGCUGAAAGACAAGCUUUAUCUGCAACCUCAAAGGCUACAACCAGAAUGAUCAGUGAUAGGUUUGGAGAUAGCGCAGGGGAGGCAGCUGAGGAUGCGUUUGCAACAGCAGGGCAUUGUGUGUGCGCUGCUUGGAAUAUAUUCAAGAUACGGAAAGCCAUCAAUCCAGCAACAUCUGUUUCCACAGGAGUGCUUAAGAAUGCAGCAAAGAAUGCAGCAAGGAAUAGAAAUAGGAGUUAUUAACCUGCGGAGUGUAUUUAUCUUGUAGAACUUAAUUGACCAUUUUGCUCAAUUGCUUCAAAGAACUGGUCGCCAGAGCCACAAAUUGUUGUCAAGCUUGAAUAUUAUGACAAAAUGCUCUGUUUUCUUGCCA